CGGACUUUGGUACUGGAGAAGUGGAUAAAAGCAGCAAGUGAGCCAGGUAUUGCCACUUUCAAAGUAGAGCUGGGCAAGAGAUCGGAUUCCGGUCAAAAUGAAAUUCCCACUCUUGGUGCUGUUUGCCACCGGGGCGCUUUCUGCUCCAUUUUUCGAUACAACUUCGUUCAAUGCCUACUUCUUGGAAGAUGAUUGCUCUGACCCUCGACUGAGAGACGAUGCUACAAGCAUCUUCAGUUAUGCUGGUGAGACAAUUAAUACUGUACAAGGCUCAACUUCGGACAGUACAGGUCUCAAGUUAAAGGCAGUGAUCUACAUUCAUCCUCUUGGAGCAUGCAAAUACCGCAUGCAGAUGAACAACCCUGAGCUCCUUGUGAAGAGCAAGAACAACGAUUUUCAGACUGCUCCAGAGUCUAGAAAAUUCUCCAAAGAGCUUCAAGCUCAAGACCUCGUCUUCCAGACAUCAAGAGGAAGAAUCAACAAAUUGUUCCCCGCUGCUGGGGAGUCACUCCAUAUCUUGAACAUCAAGAGAGGUAUUCUUAGUACUUUGCAGCUGCAGAAGGAUGCUGAAGAGGAAGUAGAUGUCCACGGAAAGUGCAAAGUCAAAAUCACUGAGAGUAAUGGUGUUACUGUUAAGUCAAAGGACCUCUCAGAAUGCAGUGACCGUGCACUCAAUGAGCUUGGACUGCAAACUGCUACCUUUGCGCACAGCAAGAUGCCCAUCAAACCGCUCAACUCAAAGAGUGUAUGCGAAUACAUCACAGAAAUGGACAAGAUCAUUGCUGUUGAGUGCGAGGAAAGCCACCUCUUCAGACCGUUCUCAGCCGGAUACAAAAAACCUGCUGGAGCAAUCACGAAAGUGACACAAAAACUGAAACUCGAAGGCACAAAAGGAAGAGCAGGAUUUGCUGUUGAAACAAAAUCUCAAUCAAAUCCCGUCACAUUGAUCUAUGGUCAUGAGCAGGAGUCCAUGAAACCAGACAACUAUAUUGUGAGCCGAAUCGAUUCAGUCAUGGAUUCUCUUGUCAAAAUGGGAAGCCUCUCUGCCAAGCAAAGUUCUGCACACGAAUUUGUAGAGUUGGUUAAUCUUGUAAGGAAGCUUGACACUAAGAGAAUGAGACCUGUCAUGGACAAGUACUUUAACUUCGAUGCAAGUGAUGCUAAUCUGAAGAGUGCUUACAGGCAAUUCUUCCUUGAUGCCUUGACAUACUGUGGUACCCCGACAUGUGUCUCAACUGUACAUGAUGUCAUCAUCAGUGGAGAUGUAUCUGGUGAAUGCAGAAAUAUGUUCUUGCAAGGUGUCUCCUUGGUUGCUAAGCCAACAAAGCAGAUGAUUCGUGAUCUUCUUAACAUUGCAAAGACUGUCCCAAGUCGCCAGGCUUUCCUUUCGCUGGGAAUCCUCAUGAACCGUUACUGCAAACUCGAUUCUGCAAGCUGCGCUUACAGCAAGUCCAACCCAGUCACAUUUGCUGAACUUUUCUUGGAAGCAAAACUAGGCAACAGCUGUGAAGGCCAAGAAAAUCAUGAACGUGUUGAAGAGAUCCUUAUGGCUAUCAAGGCGAUCGGAAAUGCUGGCCAGCCAGUUAAGGCUAUUGAGACCCUUGUUAAAUGCGCAAUGACAGCUGAGCACAUGAAUGUCACUACUGCAGCUCUUGAUGCACUUAGACGCAUGCCAUGCAACGAGAAGGCUCAGGCAAUGGUAUUAGAGAUGUACGAAGACAUCAAUGUGGACGUAGAAAAGAGGAUCCAAGCAUACAUUACUGCUAUGAACUGCCCAUCUGAAAGUACGCUUGUCAGAGUGGUCAACAAGCUGCAGAUUGAGAUAAGCAAACAAGUUGGCUCAUUUGUAUGGUCUCACAUAAAGAAUAUCCAGGAAUCGUCAGACCCCAAAAAUGCCAGGACCAAGGAACUUUUGUCCAAGAUCCUCGAAGGAAAAGAACUCAAGAACUUUGAUCUUUCAUUCACCAAAUUCUCCAAAGCUUUCGAAGGCUCAAUUUAUUCCGAAUAUUUGAAGUCAGGAGCUACUGUCAACGGUCAUCUUAUUUACAACCCUGAGAGUUUUGUCCCAAGAAGCUCGCUUGUCAGUAUGUCUGCCAAUAUCCUUGAUGUUCCCGUUGAGGUAUUUGAAAUGGCUGCACGAAUUGAGGGAGUCGAAUCAAUUGCUGAGGACUUUUUUGGACCAUACGGCUACUUCCCUGAUGACACCAUUAUGAAAUUUUUCAACGUCAACAUCCAAAAGGAAGAUUUGGAGAAACUAAGGUCAAGGCGCAGUGUUGAUCAAGGCUAUGAGAGUACCGUCAACGACAUUCACCAAAAGGUAAAGAGAAAGAGACAGCCUAAUGGCUUCUUAACAAUGAAAGUUCUUGGUCAUGAAAUGCGAGUCUUUAGCUACGAUGAUCUACAAUGGGCAGCAGGUGAGAUCGAUAACAUGAACGUGAUAGAGCUGUUGUUGAAGGUCGCCAAGGGUGGACACAAAACGUUCACAAAAAGCAUCAUGUUCCUUGAGAUGACACAUACCGUGCCAACUGGACUUGGUUUGCCAUUGAAACUAAAACUUACUGGAUCUGCUGUUGGGUCUCUUGAGAUUGAUGGAAAGUUUGACAUCAGGAACAUGUUCUGGGGACCUAUGGCUCUAGAAGUCAAAGGAUCGCUUAAACCAAGCACUGUCGUUGAAGUAUCUGGCCAGAUGGGCGUCAACAGUCACUACAUUGAUACUGGUAUCUUUGUCAACUCUUCAAUGUACACGUCACAAGUUGUAAAAGGCUCCGUUUUGUACAGAGAAGGUCAACAGCUCAAAAUCAAUGUUGAUGCUCCAGAAAAACCAAUUGAAUUCUUCAACAUCUCCACUACUCCUUUCACAUAUGUUAACGAGGACAUCAAGCUGAUCGAGGGAGCAGAACGACGCAUCAGUCCAGAUUUCUGCAUGAAUUCAACAAUGGUUCUCGGCCUAGGCCUUUGCACAAGAGUGUCUGUGCCAGUUGCAUUCCGUGAUUAUGAAGCCCCUUACUACCCUCUUUCUGGCCCAGCAUCCUUUGGCUUGACACUUGUGAAGGCUGACCCCAAGCUGACGACAUACCAGUUCCUCGUAUCUCUAACCAAGAAACAAAUAACGUCAGGAAGUGAACUUAUUGGUACUUUCCAAGUAGGGACGCCAGGUGCAACAUACAGCCGUGGCAUGUCUGGAAGCAUCAAGUACAAGGAAACAAGCAACAUCAGAGAGCUCACUAUUGGAAGCACUGAGGCUGCUCGCAACGCACAAUUAAAGAUCACUUACCAAAACAACACGAACCGAUUUGAAGUCAACUUUGAUACAAAUGUCUUCACUCCGAAACCGAUCAGUGCUAGGUUCCUGUACUUCAACAGCUCUUCUUACUUGGCUAAAGAAAUGGGUGUUUUGAUGUCUGCAUCAUAUGAUUGGUACACAUUGCAACACGUUACUAAGUUUGUCAGAAAACAGUCCCCGACAAAGUCUUACCUUUUCCACACUCGAACAACAUACUGGCCUAAACGACACUUGACUGGAGAAUUUGAAUACUCGCCGGUAACCGGAAAGAUCAGCAUGAGGUUCGAUUCAAAUCAGUUCAAUCAGCGAGCAGAGUUUGAUGGACAGUACAUCUCAACAGAAACAGAAAAAGGCUUUGAUUUCGCUUUUGCAUACAACAAUGUCAGAAGAGUCUCCUUCUACACUGGCAUCGUUAAUACAGAUGCUGAGAAGAAGUUGGUUUUCAACGUGAAAACAUCUUCAUCUAAGCCAGUAGAGCUUGUUUGGGGAUAUUUCCGCACGAGCAAAGGACACGAAGUCAAAUUUAUUGCCACUGCUUUUGGCAAGAGUGGAGAAAUCUUUGCAGACUACAGUAACCUACGAUCAGGAUGGCAUGGUAUGAACAUGGGAGGGAAGUUCCAGGAACGAGCAGUCGGGCUGACAGCGAGCUACAACAACGAAGGCAGCUUGAGGAAGGAAGCGUGUGUUGUCGCCUAUUUUGACGAAAAGAGACCAGCUAAGACAUGCUUGUCAUUAAAGAACAAAGAGCUCACAUGGUCAAUUGAAGUGAUGAAGAAGACAGCAGCAAUGUCAUUUGUUUUGGACACAACUGCUGAUAGUUUCACAUUGGGCUCCGUUUUGACUGUUCAGGAGAAGGAAAUCAUGAAGAAUGCAUUGGAGAUGACCUACAAAAGCUUGUUUGACAAUGAGUUGAAACUGACAAUGUCUACUUUGAAGCAUUCUGUUAUGUCCAGGAUCUUCUCGACGCCUGAAAGUGAUCAGCUAAAACUGUUUGGUGUUGAAGCUAAAGGGUUUGGUCAGUUGCUUAAGAUGCAAGCCAAGUAUUCCACCCUCAUGAAAAAUGAUGUUACUGUCCGUGGUAUCGUUGUAGAAGGUUGGGUCAACAAGAAAUUGCCAGUCAGCUACACAUUGUUGUUCGAGACAUCCGAUUCGAUAUAUGGCAUAAAGACUAUGUUUGACGCAUAUGAUUACUCAGCUAAAGCAGCCUUUGAAUAUGGCAUGAACAAACUCAACGAACAUCUCUUUGUCACUGAAUUAGCAGUCACUCGCAAACAAUUUGUUUUGCUUGGUAGCAAAACCACGGAAGUUCUGCUUUGGGGUGACAGUGAAAAGGCAUACAAACUGACCUGGGAUUUGACUGUGUGGAACAAAAAAUUCACUUAUGGGUUUGAUGUCAACUAUGAGAACCUGUCUACAGAAACCAAAUCAGAAUAUGCUAUGAUCAUUGGUGCAACGUAUGCGAAGAACAAGCGUUCAACUUUGGCGACAGUUUUCAGCAACACUGAAGCAUCAACACAGCUCUCAAUUGAUGUUAACUAUCUACCGGGGCGGCAAUUGCAGCACAUGAUCACUUACUACAAGGGCGAGAAAAAGAUUGCAGUCUCAAUUGAAUUUUUGCCCAAGAUGUUCGUUACUCUUUCUGGUAGAAUAAACAAGUUCAAUGGAUGGCAGCUGAAAACCGAUAUGAAAUUAAGCUGGCGCAACUUUGAGCGCACUUUCGAUGCUGUCGCCGCCUACGUAGAUCAGACUGAUUUGAAAGGUCUCAACUUUCAGUUGUCAGCAUUCGAACAAGACUUUGCUGUUGGGUCCCAAUAUGACAGUCAGAAAAAGACGCUGAAGACACAUGUCACAAUUCUUGGAAGAACUGCCCAACUGCUUGUGAGAUUCGACAAGGCCCUUGGCAUUGGUAGUGUCAUGCUGGGUGUGGAGAGAAAUAUCAACAAUAGACUGGUCAUGACGGAAUUAAUGAAAACCGUUUUGAAGUUCACCAAGCCCACGCUGUCUUUGGAGAUGAACAUUGGAAAGACCAGCCUCUUUAAGAUUUCCGGCAUCCUGAGGCAGAAAAAAGGCUCAAUCGACUUUGUAGUUAUGCAGAGGUCCAUUCUCAAAACUGAAGCAGUAAUUGAAGGUGAUAGAGUGGUAGCCAACAUAUUUGUCCUUGGAAAGUUGCGAAUGGAGACUGUUGGCCGAUACAACACGGAAACACAGACUGCCUUGCUUAGCUUCGAUUUCUUAAGGAAGAACAUGAGAAUGGUGUUCCGCGGAAAGUGGAACCCUGACUUAAAACAGGUAACAGUUGGCACUGAUUUGUUUGGACAAAGAUUGGGAUUAGAUGCCAGAUUUGACCCUUUCAACUAUGCUGCUGGAUUCCACAUCUUCAACCGAAAGAGCAGAGUUGGAUGGAGUGUUUCCUACAACAAGGAUCUGUAUGCUUUGGUAUUCAAACUGAACUUGGCUCCAAAGCUCUCUGCAAAUGUAUUAAUGCAGAUUAUUGAUGACCGUAUCAUCUCCUUGAAUGUUCAACGAGAAGCAGAAGGAAUGCUGGUGAAUGAAAUUACCAUGAAAUACGAGCUUUCUCCAACUGUCAGCAAAUUUGCAUUGGACUGGAACAAAGAAUCAGCUCAAAAGAUGAAGGAUAUGAUCUUGCCAGUUGCAAGACAAGCCAUGAAGCAAGUUACUGAAAUUAUGUCAAAAGCCAAGGAUUUGGGACAGACCUUCAGCAUGGUAACCAUCGAGAACAUUGGCAAAGAGGCUGUAAAAAUGAUUCGUGUCGCCGAAAAGAAGUUCGAUGAAUUCGACUUUGUCGCAGCCCGGGACAAAAUGGGUGAGGUCAUUGUGAAAGGUUUGGAAAAGAGUGCUAGCUUGGUCCAAAAGGCAUUGGAGCUUUCAAGCGAUGGCUUAAUGGAAAUCCAUAACAAUCUUCCAAUGAUGAUGAAGAGGAUGGAGAAAGUUUCAUUAAAAGCACUUGAGGUGUCACGAUUUGCAAUGGCAGAAGGAAUGAAGAUGACAAAAGCAACAUACGAAUCUCUUAAAGAAGUUAUUGAAGCUGGACGUCCUGUCGCAAGGUUGGCAUGGAAGCUUGCUAAGGAAUUCAAAAUCCAAGGAAAAACAGCUGAGCAGAUCGCAGAAGAACUUACAAUGACGACAAAAAGAAUUAUCCAGUCAUACAAGGAGAAUAUGUCGAAAAAGAUGGAUGUAAUCAUUGCUGAUAUGACAAAGUAUGUGCGCAGCGUGAAGUUCCCUUUCACUGAUGCCAAAGUUUACAACAUCAUUGUAGAAUAUGUGAAAAUGAUCAGGGACAUUGAUUUUGAGCAGAAGGCACGAGAAAUAACCAGGAUGAUUAUGGAAUACGAAGUAAUGAACCGUCAGAUCAAGGACUAUUUGGAAGAGAUCAAGCAAACGGUGAAUAAUCUUCCAGAGGAGCUGAAAACAGCAAGUAUUAAAAUGAUCAAGUAUGGAAGAAAGCAAGCAACAAAGCUAACCAAAGUGGUGAAAAAGCUAAAGACAUACUUUCAGCCAAUGGUCAACUGCAUUGAAAAAAUAGCACGUUCUACACAGAAACAUUUUGGUCCUUUGGUAGAGAAGGCUGUCAAGAAGGUCGGGAUGAUGUUGAAAGCAGAAUUCAACAAGCUGUAUCUACCACUCAAGGCAAUUGCUACUAAAGUCUGGAUGGUCGUGAAAGAAUUUGCAAUGCCAUUAGUAAAGCCUAUCCAACCUCUGUUUGACGAUAUCAAGCAGCAAAUCAGGGCCAUUCGUCUUUUGGAAAAGGAGAUUGGCGUGGUUUUUGACUUUUACAUGAAAAAGCUGAGUAAGUUCAUCGAGUUAAGAUUCAUCUCCAUGUAUGCAAAGACUGCCAUUGCUGUUGGUCAUUAUACUGAAGCUGCAAAGAAGUUGACCUCAAUGACACUUGAAGAAAUGGCCGAAGCGACCAUAGACAUGUCUACAGCUGCAAUAAAAUCCACUGUCAACUCUCUCAAAGAAAUUGUGGCCGAACGAAAGAAGAUCAUUGCCACGUUGAAGGAUAGAAGCAUGAAGAUGUGGAAAGUCAUCUCUGACCUGACCAGCAUUGCCAUGUCCAGACCCGUUGAGGAAAUGGUUAUCCAGUGCUUGAAAUAUACAGAGAAGUACUCGUUGGUGUUGGUAAAGGAACUGGCUCAGGCUUUGAAGCAAAUCUCCAAGAUUGACAUUGCAACACCACUGCGACAAGCCUGGGCUGAUAUGGAUCUUCUGAAUCAUCUUGGUAGAUAUGGAGUCAACAAAGCCUUUAAUGAUGUCAUCGAGCGUGCCAAGAAAAUCAACUUUGCAGAGUCGGUUGUCAAGGCGUUCAAGAAGACCAGAGAAACUGUUGAAGCUUUCUACAAAAAGUUAGCCGAUGGCAUGAAAGAACUGGAAGUUAUUGUCAAAUAUGUUAAAUCUAUUCCAAAGAAAGACUUUGACACGUGGUACUUGGAAGUUGAAGCUGCUGUUUCAAAAGCCCAGAAGACUGUAUCGAUGGCUGUUUCAGAGAGCUAUGAGAAGGUUGCUGCUUUCUAUAAGAAAGUAUCACAAAGGCUGGUAGAGUUUUCAAAGAGAAUGAACAAAGACUACAUUGCAUCCUUGAAGCUUGUGUAUGCCCUUGUCAAACAGCGGGCUGAACUCGUCUACGAUGAGGUGAAAGAUGAUUGUGCAGUUGUCUAUGAAAUAUACAAGGGUAUUGUCUACGGUGCAGCCAAAGAAAACUACGAGAAAGUGAAACGAGCACUGGCAACUCAAUACAAAAAGCUUUAUGAUGAAAUGACUGAUUUUUACAAGAAGUAUGAAGACAAGACCUGGGAAGAGAUCAGUAUGGAGAUUUAUGGUGGCACCAAACAGGCUUACACUGACAUGUAUGGAAUGGCCGAGCGACAAUAUGAAAAAACAAGUGAGCUGACACUCAAAGUAUUAAGAAAGGCUCAGGAAAUCAAAAACAAAAUCGAGACAUUCGUCAAAGUCAAGGGUAUGAAGUGGUUCAAUGAAGAAUUCAAGCCAAAGGCAGUACAGCUCUACAACAAGGUAACUGUCUACACCAGAGAAAUGUAUAAUGCGAUGAAAAAGAUGUCAAUUGAUGCUUACAAUGAGAUGUAUGCUAGAGUUAUCAAACUUUACGAAAACAACAAGUACCUCAGCAUUAGGCAGCUGGCCAAGAAAGUUGAAGGUAUGUUCAAAGAAAUGGCUCAAAAGUACAAGAAUGUGAUCAAAAAGGUCGCAAAAGAGAACUACACCAAAGUCAAAUCAUUUGUGAUGAAGAUGAAAGUAUCAUUUGAAAAAGAAGUGUUGCCUGUUUUGAAAGAGGAGGCUGUCAGCAUCAUAGAUCAAAGCUUGCGGGCUUCUGUUAUGAUUGCGGAGGAAACAAUAAAAGCAUUCAACCCACAAUUCAUUGCGCUGAAAAACUACUUGAAGAAACUUAACACCAAGUUGGAAAGCUACUAUGAAAGGUCGAUAGUUCUUGCCAAGAGAUUCUACAAAUAUGUCAAGGAAACGGCAAUGGAAAUGUACGAAAAAGGUUAUUUAGAGCUGGAAAUUCAGUACAAGAAAAUGCUCAUGAAUGCAAGGAAAAUGAUGAAACAGAUUGAAGAAAACCCGAAAUAUCAAGAACUGGUCAAAACUGAGAUGUUCACUAAGUCUAAAGAAAUCCUAAGGCAGUUGUCGGAAUUUGUAGCGAAAAAGAUUGAGGAAUUGAAAUCUAGAAUUGAGGAUUUGAAGACCCAUCCUAAAGUGGCUGAGCUAAGAAAGCAGAUUAUGGAUCUUAAGGACCAUGAAACUGUGAAGCAAAUCAUGUCUGCUCUGAGCACUGGUAAAGAAAGCUUUGUCUACACUGCAAGAAAGCUGCAAGACAAGAUGAGACCCUACAUUGCAAGAGCUGUUGCUCUAACUAAAGACAUCCCAGAGUUAGCUACACAAAAAGUUACCUGCUUCAGAGCGGAUCCUGUAGCCUGCUUCUGGAAAGACAUUGAAAUGCUGAAAAACAUGAUCUACAAAGUAAUGUCGUACGAUCUAAAAGAGUUAAAAGCCAUCGUUGUGAGUGCAGCAAAGGAAAUUGCACAUGAUGUGACUGAUGACAAUGCUAAACAGCUUUACCUGACACUUAAAACUAAGGGCACGAAACUGUACGAAGAGCUUGUGAGGAUGAUCAAGACCCUUCCACGUGAUUUGAAGGACAAAUGCACACAGUUCUGCGCAAAGCAAAUGAAGAUGCUAAAGGAGCAGUACAACAAGAUUGUUGCUCAAUGGAAAAUGUCACCAUUGUACCCAAUUUUCGCAAACGAAAUCUGGACUGAAAUUGCGGAGGAAAUCAUGAGCCACGAGAUUGUCGUCGAAAUGAAAAACCUUGCUAAGUAUGGAGCACUUGAAGCUUCCCUGCUUUACAAGAAUGCUGUCAAAUACGUGAUGGACCUUACGAAAUUGUCAAGAGCAAAGAUUGUUGCCAAAUAUAAUGAAAUGGUGCAGAAAUUCAACGAUUUGAUUGAUGAGACAACCCUUGCAGAUAUUGUUGAGAAGGCCAAAGACAUUAAGAAAAAAGUAAUGACUGAAUUUCUGGACAAGGCAAUUGAAUACUACGGUAAGGCAAUAGCAGCACUGAAUGAACGCAAAGAAAGAUACAUUGCCUUUACCAAAAAACAGUUGGCAUUCGCACAAAGCUAUAUUGAGAAGGAAUACCCAAAAGUCUUGCAACAAGUCAAACUUCGAUACGCUGAAUACAUGAAAAUGUUUGAAGAAGCUUUCAGAAAGGGAAUGGAGAAAAUGGUCGAAGCUAAGAACAUGGCUGCCUCAAAAGCAACAAAGAUGUGGAUGGAAUCAACCUUGAGAGCCACAAUGAAAAAGACAAUGAAGAUGACGGUUGGUGAGACGGUUGCAGAGCUGAUGAAAAUACCAGGUGAUGCCAAAAAAAUGUACAAGGACAUUGCAGAAAUGGUCGUUAACAAGUAUCACAUUUAUGCACAACCAUAUGUACAGAAAACAGUGAGUGCUGCUAAAUUCAUUGCAAAUGAAGUCAACGAAACCAUUGUAUUCAUUGUUAGAUACUACGACCUUCAAGGGGCUGCUUUGAGAAGCUACAAGAUGAUACUGAGCUCAGUACCAAAAGUUCCAGUCAUGGCCAAGAAGUACUUGAUCAAAGCUACUAAAACAUCCCUGAAGGCAGUGCACAGUUCAUUGGUUUACGCUGAUAAGCUGGACUUGAGCAUGGAUAAAUUGAGAAGUACCCUGGAAAAGAUGAGAAAUUAUGUCCCUGACAUCAAGAAAUAUGUCACUGUUAAAGUUGGCGAAAGUGGUGUAAGUCUGAGCUUCAUUCACCCAGAGAUCACUCCAAGUUUCAAGCACCAUGCCAAUAACGCCAAGCAAACCAUUAUGACAUACACUGAUAAGGUUAAAGCCAGGACAAUGGCCAUCUCUAAGACCUUGCUCGCUGAACUCAAGGCCAGGACCAUGGAACUUCGUAGCGAUCUAAACCAGAGCUUCUUGGCCCAUACCAGGUUGGGAAAACGUAUUGGGUCAAUUGUGCAGAAUUCGGUCUUGAAAAAGAAGGGUUCAUUUAAAUCGAUCACGAGAUUAAGCAUCAAAAUCUGGAAAACCAUUUUCGAAGAAGCAGCAAAAGACAUUAAGGAAAAUACCAAAAAGACAUACCGCUUCACUUCGUCAGCCGUCUUGGCAGUUCUCGACUCUGAAAGCAUUCCAGAGGCUUACGAAAAGUCCAUUUCAUACUUUGAGAAAGCUAUCAAAGAAAUCAAACCUUAUUUUGAACAAACGGAGAGAUUUGCUCGUUUCAUCAGGCGACUUGCAAAAAAAGGUUUCGAGGAGGCUUGGGGAAAAUUGAGGCCUUAUUACAUCACUCUGAGAGGAGCAGGAGUUUCUGCAACGUACAGUAUGCUAGAAGAUAACCUGAGAGAUGCUUUCAAAAAGAACAUUGACCGAUUCCUUGAGAUUACAAGAGAAAUGGUAAAGAUUUUCCUGACCAAAGAUGAUAUGAAGGUUGUGCAGGAUUACACAGAUGUACACACUGGCAUUUUAGGAAAAUACGCCAAACGGCUCUUCAGAUUCUACAAAUGGAACAAGAUAAUGUUGGAUCGCACUAUUAGGAAGUCAAAGAUGCGAUUCUUAUACCAGAUUUUCAACCCAUUGAAAAAACGUGUUGAUCCAUUCAGAACAUACGCAAUGAUCUAUGGUAAGAGACACGUAAUGACAUUUGAUGGAAAGUACUACGAAUUUCCAAAACACCCAAAAAGCACCUGCACCUACCUCUUGGCACGCGAUGUUGUAAACGGCAACUUCACCAUUCUUGCGCAAGCAGAGAAGAUCAUCGCUGAGACGCCAGACGCCAAGAUCUCCAUCGACAAAUCUGGUGUAGUUGAGGGAGCUAUCAAGUUUACUAAAGCUGGUAUUACUCGCAGUGAAAGAGUGAGGGGAAUCCCAAUUGAAACUGACGGCGUCACAUGCAAAAGAUACAGACACUACAUCAAGUGCGAGUUCAAGCACGGAGUUACACUAAAAUGCAAUGUAAAGCACUUCCUCUGCUCAAUAGAACUUUCUGGAUGGCAUUACGGAAAAUCCCAAGGCCUUCUUGGUACAAACAACAGAGAAAUCUACGAUGAUCUAAAACUUGUAAACCAGAAGAUUACCAACUCUUUGGAGCAACUGGCUAACUCGUGGUUAGUUACAAGGUCAAGUGACUGUUACGUGAAAGAAGCAAAUAACGAGCCACCUAUGUGCAAUAAAACACCAUCAGAGAAAUGCAUCGAGCUCUUCAAGUCGAAAUCAUCACCAUUUGCAAGAUAUUUCAGCGCUGUUGAUCCUCUGUCUUUCCUCAAGACCUGCCAAAUUGACACUGCCGAUUGCGAAGACAGCAUUUCUUUCUGUGAUUCUGUCGCUGCAUACAGAACUGCUCUGAAGAUGCGUGGAAUUUACCCAAUAAAUACCAAGGAAUGUGGCUCCAAGACCAUGGGCAAAACUUUCACUGUGCAACCAAAGAAAGCUAUUGACGUUGUAGUGUUGAUGUCUGCUCGCAAGAGUGCCAUUAAUAAUAAGAAAACGAUUGCUUCGAUGUUGUACAACACAAACAAGAAAUUGCGCCGUUUUGGUUACGACGCUCGCUAUGCCUUGAUCAGUUACGGUGCUGCAGCUAAAGGCGCUUAUGGAUCAAGAAGUCACACUUUCAAUGGAAAGUUUUUCUCUUCUGAUAAUGAUGUUGCCACUGCAAUCAAGAAUAUGGCUUACAUUGGCGAAAAGACCGACAUUAAUGAUUACCAUGAAGCCAUUUUACAAGCCACCAGGCAGCCGUUCAGACCAGACGCAGCAAGGAUGGUAAUCUUGUUCAAAUUUGACACAUACAUUCCGUCCUGGUUCGGUCCUACAACUGACGAAACGAAAUUUGCACUUAAAUACGAAGCUAAUGCAUCGCUGUUUGUGUUCAAUGACUUCAACUUCAAAGACUUCCAAAGAGGAAUUUUCAGUGCCAUCGGAAUCACCAGGAAGAAUGUGUACAUGACGCCAACACUGAAAAUCGAACCACUUUCUAGGCCAUUGCCCAAGACACCCUUCACCCGAUACAUUCAGAGAAGUGGAGGGCUUUUCGCCAACAAGCUGUCAAAAUCAACUGAAAAAGUCUUCACCGCUGCACUUGCCGAUGCAAUGAUCAAUGAUGCAAGAGAUGUUGAGACGACUUGCAGGAGAUGCGUUGGCUCUUGGCAUGGCUUCAAGUGCCUCACUGACAAUACAGUCAAAUGCUGAACUGAUCCUUUAAAACAAAAUACGCAUAUCAUGGCUUAAAUUUUUUCACGAUUUUUAGAUUUCGUGCAUUUUUUAUUUUGCUGUUUUUCUCGUUGUGUUUUGCGAUUGUUUUUUAAACUUUUUUACAAUUUGUACUUGUCACUUUGGAAUGUAAACCUAUCCAUUUAAAGCAUUUUAUAAAACCCCCUGCUUUCAAUCUUUCAUCAGAAAAUUUAUCAGCCAUUGCAUCGCUUGCCAAAAUAACGUAAUGUUAUAGUAUAGAUAUAUCAAUUGCUUCCGUUCGCAGAAUGAAAAAAUCAUUCUUAUUGCAAAGCUAAUUUUUCCAUCCAUAUGUUCUAAGAAAUAAGUAUUUCAGAGAAUAUCAUUUUCCCUUGCAAUUUUAAGCAAUAUGUUUGCAUUUUACAUUUUGUAUGAAGUUUAUUAAAUAUUUUAUAUGUCAAUCUGUUUGUAGCUGAUAUUCAGAAAUCAAUUACAUGAGCAUUAA